UGUUAAAUACAUAUCGUAAUAGUAAAAAUGCUACCCGAGUAGUGAACACUAGUUCCUUUGCUGACACGCGUUUCGAAGUGAACGAUACACACAUUCGCCAUUAGUUAUGGAGAGUUCUUUGCCAGUAUUUAUUGACCUGCCUGAAAAAGAUCAGGCACAGGAGAUUCGUCAAUAUCUGAUUUCAGCUGGGUCUGAUCUUAGCAGUGACAGUAAAGAAAGUAUUCAUGAGGAAUUGUCAUGUUUGCUGGAUGCUUGCGAUAACUGGUUAAAAUCUGCUAGUGAUGAUGAUUUAGAAGCCAUGAUGAACAGUUUUAUAUCACUUAUUCUUUUCUGUACAUUUGAUGACAAACUGACACGAAAGUUUUGCGCUAAAUUAACAGAGAUGGGUGCUUCGGAAAGUAAUGCCCUGCUCAGAAUUAAAAUAUUAAACAACUUAUUUGUUGGCUUGCCUGAAGGUAAUGCUUUGAGAUAUGAUGUAUACAUUGGCCAACUUCGUCUGGCUUCAAAGUUCGGUCACACUAAUGCUAUUAUAACACAGUUGAAACAGGUUAAAGAGUGGCUAAAGAUGUGGGAUAUUAGCAUUGAACAGAAACGCACAUGUUACAGAGAAUUGCACACAGCUUUAAAAGAUGAACACAAAAGUGAACAAGCCACACGUGUCAUGUUAGAAUUGUUAUCAACAUACGACGAAGCCAGUGCGUCUCUCGCUAAGGCGGAUGCAGAGAACUGUAUUCUUAAUUUCAUAAAGAAACCAGAUAUAUUUAUAAUGGACCAUCUACUGAAUUUAAAACCAGUCGCAGUGUUACAGGGACAGCCAAUACAUAAGCUUCUUGAAAUCUUCGUGUCAGGACAGUUAUCAGACUACUUGGACUUCCAUUCUAAGAAUACAGACUUCCUGAAAAAAUCAGGUUUAAUACAUGAGCAGAAUAUCCAUAAAAUGAGAAUAUUGACGACACUCACGCUCGCUAUACAACAAAAAGAAAUCUCUUUCGCCACCAUGACAGAACUGCUUGGUCUGAAAGACGACGAUGAAAUAGAAGAAUUUGUUAUAGACUUGGUCAAAUCAAAAUUAAUGCACGCAAAGAUUGAUCAAAUAAACCAGAAGAUUAUUAUAAGGUCAACAAGUCGAAGAACGUUUGGUAAAGCAGAGUGGAAGGAGCUCGAAAGCAAACUUGAAACGUGGCUGGAUAACUUUCAGACGAUACGAACAAAUUUAGAACAGAUUGUACAAGUUGGAGGGGCUUGAUGUAUAAUAUUUAAAGCGAGUUCAUGAACGUGUGUCUAAUCCAUCGAAACAGAAAUAUAUCUAAUAUUAGAGGC